AACUACCUUCACACUUAAUAACUCACAUACAAAAACAACUUAAUAAUAUAUAUUAAUCCACCCAAAAAUCAUCAUUAACAUAUAUAAUAAUAUCAUUUAUAUAUAUAUAAGAUAAUAAUUAAUAUGGUGCAUAUAAAACUUAUUCUGUUGUUUCUCAUUUCUUCGUCAACAAUUCUUUGUUGCUCUUGUUCUGUCUCCGCCGCCCCCUUCAGCGUCUUAACCUAUGGUGCCAAAGGUGACGAGACAACCGACGACACUCAGGCAUUCCAAAAGGCGUGGGCAGAUGCGUGUAAAGCAGAGGGAUCCACAUUGUUGGUACCGUCCGGGCAUAAGUUCCUCGUGGGCCAGAUCUCAUUAGUGGGCCCAUGCAAAACAAAUAUGAUAUUCCAGCUUGAUGGGCAAAUCAGCGCUCCAAGUGUAAGCUCAAAGACAUGGGGAGCUGGAGGUACGCUUCAAUGGCUGGAGUUCAAAAACCUGAAUGGCUUUACAAUCACUGGCCAAGGAACCAUUGAUGGGAAGGGCUCUGGCUGGUGGUCUUCUUCCUCUUCUUCUAAAUCAUCAUCAAACUCUCUACUCAUGAAGGACGACGACGACCACAUUGAUUAUAAUAAUAUCUCUUUCGGGGGUCUAAAAAUUCCAAGCACUAAGCCAACUGUAAGUUCAGUCAAUUCCUCAGUUCCAUAUUUGAACCUCAUCGCAUUACGAUUCUACGGAUCUCAAGGAGUCACCGUAACGGGAAUCCAAUUCAUCAAUAGCCCAAAGGCCCACCUCAAGUUUGAUAGUUGUUCCAACGUCGCGGUGAACAAGGUUAAAAUCACGUCUCCCGAGACCAGUCCCAACACAGACGGAAUUCACUUGCAGAACACCAAGGGCGUCACCAUUCAAGGCUCAACCAUCGCUUGCGGGGAUGACUGCAUUUCCAUACAGACCGGAUGCAGCGGCGUGAACAUCAACGGCGUGACCUGCGGACCCUCUCACGGGAUCAGCAUCGGAGGCCUCGGAAAGGACAAGUCCAAAGCUUGCGUCUCCAACGUCACCGUCACCGACUCCACCAUCAAAUCGUCUUUGACUGCCGUCAGGAUUAAGACUUGGCAGGGGGGGUCGGGGUCGGUCAGCGGCGUCAAGUUCUCCAACAUCCAGUGCCAGGCGGUGAAGACGGCCAUCAUGAUAGAUCAGUUCUACUGCGACGCAAACCACUGUGCGAACCAAACGUCCGCCGUGGACGUGAGCGACGUGUCGUUCCAGGGCAUAAAGGGCACCUACACCCAGAAUCCCGUCCACUUGGCCUGCAGUGAGUCCCUCGGGUGCACGGGCAUCACAUUGGGAGGCAUAAAUCUCACGCCUGCGGGGACCACCGCGUCUCCUCCGUCGUGCCUUGACACGUACGGACAAGUCACCGGGGCCACUACCCCGCCCAUCAAUUGCCUCAAGACCGGAAAGCAACCUAAGAAGAAUGCUGCAACAUGCUAAUUAUGUUAUACACAUUAUUACUCUUCUUAGACUAUUGAUUGCGUGCAAUUAUGGAUCUAAGCUAUAUCAAUUCAAAAACCUAAUAAGUACGUAGUAUGUAGAAUACUUUAAAGGUACUAUAUAUGUGUGUAUUAUUUCAUACUUUUAAUAAUAAUGAUCAUGUUACUUU